AUGGUCCCUGAACUUGUUCCGAGUCCAACCGUGGGGGGGUCGAGCAUGAGCGGUAAAACUCCGGCGGGGAUUUGGGAGCUGGCCUUGUUCUACCAGCCACCAUUAGGAAAGGAUCGACUUGCAUUACCUUGGUCUAGGGUUGAUGUCAAAGACCAGAUGAGGUCGAGUCAAAUGGAUUGUCCCCGUUCAGAUGCCUCUGAUCGAGCCUCAUUCAUCCUGCCCAAUGUCGCUUGGCUCUUUGAUGUACCCCAGAGAUCUGAUUUCUUUGGCUUUCAGCGGUCUUGCAACGCUGGAUGCGCAAUACCUCAUUUGGGCCUGCCAGCAAUGAGAUCGGGGAAUACCAAUUCCCUCGGUGUUUCCGUACCUUUGGGGCCUGGCCCGGUUAAAGGCCCACCCGCAUGCGGAGAACAAGGUUCAGACAGAAUCCGGGGCAACCGUUGCUUAGUUGCUAUGUCUGAUCGCUUCCGUGCCCGGUUGUGUCAAUUUCGAGCAUUGGCCCGGACAUCUAACGGCGUCGAGACCCUUCUUCGGACACCCGAAGGUGAAAGCACAGGCUUGCAUAUCAGCCGCGCCCUUGAAUCGCAAUAUGACACUCCGUGUCGUAUCCCACCUAGGUUUGGCGCCUCUGGAUGUCGGUUGAAUUCCUCGAAGCUAUGGACAGCUUUCAGCGAAAAUUGUAGCCGAGCAAGAAGAGGCUGA